CAAACCGGAAGGUCUAUGGUUGUGACAGGCGGAUGACAGGUUUCUGUGUGUAGAUGGCAGUAAAGUGUCAACAAGCGAAGGCUGUUUAAGUCUGUGUGACCUUUCUAACUACCUGCUUGUCAGGUCCUUUGGGUGUAGUUCCACACGGCUGCGGUGUUAUGGCUGAACCAUGAAGGCCCAAUUACAAGUCACGGUGAUUUCAGCCAAGCUGAAGGAAAACAAAAAGAACUGGUUUGGUCCCAGUCCGUACGUAGAGGUAGCUGUGGACGGACAGUCGAAGAAGACUGAGAAGUGCAAUAACACACACAGUCCCAAAUGGAAGCAGGCUGUCACGGUAAUUGUGACUCCAGUGAGCAAGUUGAUCUUUCGCGUUUGGAGCCACCACACAUUGAAGUCAGACAUCCUGCUGGGAAGAGCCACACUGGACAUCAGUGAGACCUUAAAAGCUAACGACUUAAAGUUGUAUGAGGUGGUGCAGACCCUGCAGCUGUUUUCUGACAAGGGCCCCCCGGAUGUUGUAGGUGAUCUGUCAGUCUGCCUGGAUGGCUUGCAGGUAGACCCAGAAACGUUUGCUUCUGCAGAGAGGAAUCUCGCUGCUGCACCAAAUGUGAAUGCGACACAGAAUGGAGACACUGGCAACAGGUCAAGCAGAGACACGUCUCCCUCCAGCGACUCGGAGGAAUGGGUUAUUGUGUCAAAUGAUCGUGUAGAUAAUGGUACGAGUUCUCGGUCAACAGGUGGCACUGCUGCCUCCCGUCCUUCCAGACUAGCCACACCUUCUAAUACACCUCGCAGACCUGCAGCCUCCCCGACUUCUUCUAGCAGUUCCUCUCCCAGUGAGCUGAGCGAAGGUCCAACCUCAGACAGGACUUCCCAGGCAUCAGGAUGUUCUGAUCAGCAGGACGAUUCCGCUGCAAGAACAGCAACAGCACAUUCCUCACAGGCCACCAGUGGCCCCAAACCCGGACCCUCUUCUUCAGCAGCUUUGACCAUAUCCACUCCCAGAAUUCCUGCGAUAAACAACAGCCCUUUGCCACAUGGGUGGGAGCAAAGGGUGGACCCGAAUGGACGUGUCUACUAUGUGGAUCACGUUGAGAAAAAAACAACCUGGGACAGACCAGAGCCUCUGCCUACAGGGUGGGAGCGCAGGGUUGACCCAAUGGGCAGGGUGUAUUACGUCGACCACAUAACGAGGACAACCACGUGGCAACGCCCCACCCAGGAGUCAGUGCGUAACUAUGAGGAGUGGCAGCACCAGCGCAGCCAGCUGCAGGGAGCCAUGCAGCAGUUUAACCAGAGGUUCAUUUAUGGGCUCCAAGACCAGUUAGCAUCCACGGCCAAUAAGGAGUUUGACCCGCUGGGACCUCUGCCACAUGGUUGGGAGAAGAGAACAGACACGAAUGGAAGAGUGUAUUUUGUUCAUCAUCCGACAAGAGCCACACAGUGGGAGGACCCCAGGACACAAGGGCUGCUGAAUGAUAAGCCUCUGCCAGAGGGUUGGGAGAUGAGGUUCACUGUGGAUGGUAUUCCCUACUAUGUAGACCACAACAGGCGAACUACGACCUACAUCGACCCUCGAACAGGCAAAUCCUCACUCGAAAAUGGGCCACAGAUAACCUAUGUCAGGGACUUUAAAGCCAAAGUGCAAUACUUCAGGUUCUGGUGUCAGCAAUUAGCGAUGCCUCAGCACGUUAAGAUUACAGUCUCGCGGAAAACCUUGUUUGAGGAUUCAUUCCAGCAGAUCAUGAGCUUCCACCCUCAAGAUCUGAAGAGGAGACUGUGGAUCAUUUUUCCCGGAGAAGAAGGUUUGGACUACGGAGGUGUGGCAAGAGAAUGGUUCUUCUUGCUUUCUCAUGAGGUGUUGAACCCCAUGUACUGUCUUUUCGAGUAUGCUGGCAAGGACAACUACUGCCUACAGAUUAACCCAGCCUCCUACAUCAACCCUGAUCACCUCAAAUACUUCAAGUUUAUAGGACGCUUCAUUGCCAUGGCCUUGUUCCACGGCAAGUUCAUCGACACGGGUUUCUCCCUUCCCUUCUACAAGCGUAUCCUGAACAAACCGCUGGCUCUGAAAGACCUGGAGUCCAUUGAUCCAGAGUUCUACAAUUCACUUAUCUGGAUCAAGGACAAUAACAUAGAAGAGUGCUGUUUGGAAAUGUUCUUCUCAGUCGACAAGGAGAUCCUCGGGGAGAUCACCACCCACGAGCUGAAACCAGAUGGAGGGAACAUUCUAGUAACGGAGGAGAAUAAAGAAGAAUACAUCAGGUUAGUGGCAGAGUGGAGGUUGUCCAGAGGUGUGGAGGAGCAGAGUCAGGCAUUCUUUGAGGGCUUCAAUGAAGUUCUUCCCCAGCAGUACCUUCAGUACUUUGAUGCUAAAGAAUUAGAGGUGAUGCUGUGUGGGAUGCAGGAAAUAGACCUGAUGGACUGGCAGAGAAACACAAUCUACAGACAUUAUGCACGAAGCAGCAAGCAGAUCAUGUGGUUCUGGCAGUUCGUGAAGGAAAUGGACAAUGAGAAGAGGAUGAGACUUCUGCAGUUUGUCACAGGAACCUGUCGGCUUCCUGUAGGCGGCUUCGCUGACCUCAUGGGAAGCAACGGCCCCCAAAAGUUCUGCAUUGAAAAAGUGGGCAAAGAGAACUGGCUUCCACGAAGUCACACGUGCUUUAAUCGUCUGGAUCUCCCACCUUAUAAGAGCUAUGAGCAGUUGACAGAGAAGCUGAUGUUUGCCAUAGAAGAGACAGAAGGCUUUGGACAGGAGUGACACCGUAAGAAGAACACGAGUGACCUGACGGGAAAGAGGAGCCAUAUCAGACAAAAGCACUUUUCCAUUGUUCUCCUUAUAACUGGGAACUGCUGGUCAAUAGAUGUACCAUUCUUUAUUUAACAAAUUUAUGUUGCAGAUUGAUUUCUGGUUGCCCCAGUUUUCACCUCUCACCUUAUGAUGAGUCCCAGCCUCCAGACCUUACAUAUUCUUGCUCAGGACACAAACAUGAGACAGAUUCUCUUUCCAUGUUGUGUCUGUGCAACACUUUACAUUUCACAAGUGCAGUUUGUACACUUUCACUAACUUCAUAAGAUUUGCUUCAUCUCUCUUUGUCUUUGUCUCUAUGCACUACAAAUGAAUUUUUUUAAAGAACCGUAGAUGUGCAACAAACAUGUUCAUGUGUAAAUGUGACACAGUGCACAGCUAUGGUUAUGAGUUGGAGACUACUUUUACCUUUCUUUCAUUGAAACCAUGAAUGAAUUCCACAGCACAUAUAAUUUCUUUAAUGACUUUUAUAAAUAUGGUAACUUUAAAGCUAAUUUGUCAUGUUUUAGCAGGUUGAUUUUCUAAUAAGUUCAAACUUUUUCAGUCUUUGCAUCAGUGAAACUGUUGGCAUUUUUAUUGUUAUUGAGGGAGGUUGCUUUUUUAUGUGCGGUAGUUUUGCCGAUAUUACAGUCUAAAAAUUGAUGGUUUAAUUGUUUAUAAGGAUUUGGCCAGUUUCAUCAUUUAGUUUAAAUACCCAGCGUAGAGUAGAGAAUACUUAAGUAAUAACCCUGUUGUGUCUGAUGAUUUGUGGAUGUUCAUGCUGGUUUUACAGGCGCAAAUUAAGUAAAGGAUAUUUGCGACCGUAAUCCAGCAUGAACGUUCGCAAAUCAUCAGACACGAGGCGUUAUUCCCAUUCUAAUCUAAUUUUAUCAUUUGCAUGGUUUAUUUUUCUGUAGGUAAUUCAGUUGGCGAGGCUUACCGUUAGCAACAGUGUCUACACCGUCACUCCAGCAAGGCUCAGUUACUGACUUAUUGACUUUUGCGCAGCAGUGCGCGCGCUCAGAACACGGAGUAAUACAUCAAAUGUGAAGCGGUUGAAUAUUUUGCCACCUUACACCUGAUGUUAUACGGUCGGAAAUCUCACAUGAUUAACUAAUCAGAUUUGCGGAAAAAAAACGUAAUUGGAUUAGAAUUAUAAGUAAAAAUAGUGAAAGUGAUUGGGAUUUGACUGGACAAACUGGUCUCACGUAAUGACAUCUGCUCUGUGAUUUCCUCAUCUCUUUUGUUUAUGAUGGUAAUUGAAAAUAUCCAAUCUCCUUACUCAUAAAGUGUCACUGAUGAUGUGGGAUCGUUAGGAUAUAUUGGGUUUUAGAAAAUCCAGUUUGUUAACUGAAUAAUUUCUCUUAUGCCCACUGAAUGGUAGCUCAAUCCGUGGUAGGGGUUCAAAAUUUUAUAUGCAGCAUUCUAGAUUAACAAUGGAGAUACUGUACUAAUUCAUAACUGUUCAGUGUGUAAAGUGACUAAUGUAUGUAAAUAUAAAUGUAUAGUAGAGAAAAUAUCUAUAUAAUUCUCUCAUAUCAUAGUUCCUUUUAGCUACUAGCAUAAGAAUUACAGUAUGGAUGGAAGUAACAGCAAGUGCCCUAGUUUUAUAGGGUAUUAAUGUCUCCACCACACAUAUUUGGGCUAAUGUCAAAUUCAUUCAUUAAUUCAUUAUACAUUUAGAAUUUAAAGAAGAAUUUUUGGCACACUUAGAUCCAUUAAUUUCUUUUGUUUUCGUUUUUUGACCAAGCUUUUAAGCUUGGUUAGAAACAGAAAAUAAAAAGAAGUGUAUGGAUCUAAGUGUGCUGAAGAUUCUUCUUUAAAUGUAUUGCAUUUGUUUUUUCUGGCACCUUAUUGUGAUUGUGUCUGCGGUGUACAGCAACCAAAAGGUUUUUUUUUUUUAGUUCAGGUGUUGUUUUCAUGACAACAAAAUGUCUUGAAUUAUUGAAAGGUUGGCAUUUCUUCUUUCUUUAACUCUUAAUCUCAAACAAAAAAAGUAGCUCUGUUGCAUAAAAUUGAAACACACCAUUUACAUCUUGUUACCAGUUAGACUGAGGAUUGCAAACAUGCUAAUCUGUGCAAAUGCAAAGUGUACUGUAAAUAUGUUUGUAAACCUGUACAAGUUGUAUCAGUUCAUAAUUUUAAUUUGUAUCCACAAUGUUUGGAAUUUUUUGUAAUUUGAACACAAACUCAAAUUUGUUUCUAAAAUAUUGAAGAUAUGCCUAAAAAAAAUGUUAUUCAUGCACUAAAUUAAUAUGAAGUACUACACAGCUAGUUGCCUUUUCAGUGACCUGUAAUUGAUCCUCACUAACUUCUAAGAAGCACUGUUUGUGGUGUCAGAUGUUUCACAUUCUCUUACUGAUUGUCAGUUUCUUCCUCUUGCCAAUAAUUCUACGCACAAAUAUGUCCCUGUGUAACAAGUGGUGUUCAGAUUUGUAAAGAGAUUGUUACUGAGAACAAUAAAAGCUUGGUCUAGAAAAAUAAAAAUCAAGAUUUUGGUUUAAAUAACCUAAAUAUUUAAACUUAUUAAACUGUUUAACUAUAAAACAUUACACUCCAAAAUGUUUGAUUUAAAUCUUGACUGUUUCAUCAGUGCUGUGCUGCAGAUAAUAGACAUGACAAAUAUGCAAAGUAGUAUUUUAGAUAUACUCAGUGCAUUGUAAAUCAUGUUUAUGGUCUGCCCACUGUUUUGGAAGAUCUAACUUUUUAUAAUUCAAAUCAGUGAUAUUUAUUUUGAAGAUGGAUUUUAGUGUAAAAAAUGGAAAAAAGUGUAAUGUAACAAAACACUGUGAUUCUGCAGAACAGUUGAUAAAUGCGCCCAACUACAGUGUCUUAAAACUAAA